AUGGCGUUGGACACGGAGUUCGGCGUGAAGGGCAGCAGCAUCAUCAGGGAAUGGAGCGGACAGGUCCAGCCCGCUCUGGUGGCCUCCUUCGUUUUCCUCUUCUGCCUGGAAGCCUGCCUGUGGGUCAGAAACCUCCGGCUCAAGAGGAGACUGCCGGGACCCUUCGCCUGGCCGGUGGUGGGCAACGCCAUGCAGCUGGGCCAGAUGCCCCACAUCACCUUCGCCACGCUCGCCAAGAAAUACGGCAACGUGUACCAGAUCCGGCUGGGCUGCAGCGACGUUGUGGUUCUGAACGGAGACCGGGCGAUACGAGAGGCUCUCCUUCAGCACGGCACGGAGUUUGCGGGCAGACCGAACUUUGUCUCCUUCCAGAUGGUCUCUGGAGGCAGAAGUAUGUCAUUUAGUAAUUACAGCAAACAGUGGAAAGCACACAGGAAAAUAGCCCAGUCCAGCCUGAGAGCCUUUACCUCUGGAAACAGUCAGACCAAAAAAGCCUUUGAGCAACAGAUCACAGCCGAGGCCAUGGAGCUGGUGCAGGUAUUCCUGCGCCACAGCACCGAUGGACGGUAUUUUAACCCUUCUCAGGAGUUUACUGAGGCUGCUGCUAAUAUCAUGUGCGCUCUCUGCUUUGGGAGGCGAUACGCACACGAAGACCAGGAGUUCAGGAACAUGUUGAAAAAGCUGGACAAGUUCGGGGAGACGGUCGGGGCGGGCAGCCUGGUCGACGUCAUGCCCUGGCUGCAGCGCUUCCCCAACCCGGUUCGCAGUGGCUAUGAAAACUUCAAAAACCUCAACGAGGAGUUCUUCGCCUUCGUGAAGGACAAAGUGGUCCAGCACAGAGAGUCCUUCGACCCCGACGUGACCCGGGACAUGAGCGACGCCUUCAUCAACGUGAUCGAGCACGGGCAGGACAGCACACUGGACAACGAGUACGUCGAGGCGACGGUCACGGAUCUGAUCGGGGCAGGUCAAGACACGAUAUCCACCACCCUGCAGUGGAUUCUGCUGCUCUUGGCCAAACACCCGGACAUCCAGGCCAAGCUGCACGAGCUCAUAGACAAAGCGGUGGGCCGUGACCGACUGCCGUCAAGCGAGGACAGAAGCCGCCUGUCCUACCUGGACGCCUUCAUCUACGAGACCAUGCGCUUCACCAGCUUCGUCCCCCUCACCAUCCCCCACGCCACCACCUCGGGCGUCACCAUCGACGGUCUCCACAUCCCCAAGGACACGGUGGUCUUCGUCAACCAGUGGUCCGUCAACCACGACCCCCUGAAGUGGAAGGACCCUCACACUUUUGACCCUGCGCGAUUCCUCGACGAAAACGGGGCUCUCAACAAGGACGCGACCAGCGGCGUGAUGAUCUUUUCGACGGGUAAACGGCGCUGCAUCGGCAACCAGAUCGCCAUGGUGGAGGUGUUUUUAUUCGCAGCCGUCCUGCUCCACCAGUGCAGCUUCGAGAGCGACCCCUCGGAGCCCCUCACUCUCAACUGCUCGUACGGACUCACGCUGAAGCCCCUGCAGCUCUCGGUCCGCGCCAAGCUCCGGGGAAAGCUGCUCGGCUUGGUUUCCCCGGCGUGA